GAAGCGAGAAGUUGAUCGAGAGGCGCACUGCAGAGCACAGACUCAGAGACAACAUGAAAGCUGUUGCAGUCUUAUUCCUGGUGCUGUGUUGCCUGGCCAUCAGUGAUGCAUGGAACUGCGUAGAGGCUCCACGGCUGUCCUAUGCCAAUCAGAUUGACGCUGGAAUGGGACAAGUGGUUGCAACGGACAGAUACAAACGUGCCUAUUUCCUGAGUGGAUCGUCCUGGUACAGACUGGGCACAUAUAGCCUCCAGCAUGUCACAGUGGGACCUUCAGGAACGUGGGGGACCUACUUAAACAGGGUGUACAAAUAUGUAGCUGGAAACUUUGAACUCGCCAACGGUGUGGGUUUGCUGCAGGUAGAUGCUGGAGGUGAUGGUCAGGUUGUCGGGGUCGGGCCCAGCCCCUAUCGUGCCUACUGCCUGAGAGAGAGUUAUGCUUUGGCCUAUGCUGGAGUUGGCUCUGUCAGCUGGAGUUACCUUAGUAGAGUGUUGAAGUACUACAGCUGUGGCCCACAGUAUGGAUGCUGGGGAGUUGACACAAGUUCCCGUGUUUAUGUCACUAAGUAUAUCACGCCAACCUCCUGCAGUACUAGUAGCUGGACAUACGUGUCAGGGCUAUCAAUGAAAAUGAUUGAAGUGGGGACAGACGGAAGUGUUUUUGGGGUGACUACAACUGGCAAGGUCUACCAAAGAUCUGGCAUCAGCAGUUCUCGCAGAGAAGGCACAUCUUGGGUUUACAUCCCAAUGUGCAUGCCCAUCAAACACGUGACCUACGACCUGCGCCAGCUUUGGGUCGUCACCACCUCUGGUUUGGUUAUGAAGUGCUCACGCUAAUGUCAUCAGUGUGGCAGAUGUUAAAUGAGCACCAAUCUGGAAGGUUCUAUCCUGUCCUUAGAUGUUUCAGUGCACAGAACUGAGAAAUGAUUUAAUUUGUUUUCCUCAAUGUCGAAUCUAUGGUGUAAGUUUUCAUUUUUCUCCUCUUAUUUUGCAAUCAGUAAAAAAAAAGUAAUUCAUUCAUAGAUAUCUUGUGAUUCUCUCUUAAAUGUUUCUGUGUUAAUGUGCACAACCUCUGAUCAGCAUUUUAAAGAAUUUAAUGAUAAAAACAACACUGUAAAACAACUCCUUGAACUGUAAAACAAGUGAAUAACAGUAAUAGACAUGCAGGUUGCACUAAACGAAUAAUUUCUGAAGAAUCCCAGCAUGUUUAACUUCUUCCUGUCAGUUGGUGUAAUUCUUACUUUGUCAAUAAAUGAU